GAGCCCAGGAAUAGACAGUAGCAUUAAAACGCCGUAUGUGAGAAGGCCAACCUUUCAGACCCAGACACCCAAGCCAAGCUGUGCCUCUCUGGUUUCUUUCAUUUCAGUUCAUUUCUUCUCCUCUCGUGCUUCUUUUUCAUCCAUAUAAAUCGCAUAAAGCUUUUCGUUAUUUCUUUUUCAUUCUUACUAAAACCCUAAAGAAUCAAUCCUUCUUUACUCCCAAUCUCCACCGCCACUAACUCAGUGUUUGGGUUUGUUAUUUGAUUUGAAGCAAUCAUGGCGAGGAAGAUGUUAGUUGAUGGAGAAUUGAGCCAAACGAACGCAGAGGAGGCUCACUAUGACUUCGACUUGUUUGUUAUCGGUGCUGGAAGCGGGGGCGUUCGAGCUGCGAGGUUCUCUGCUAAUUAUGGAGCUAAGGUUGGGAUAUGUGAGCUCCCAUUUCAUCCAAUUAGCUCAGAAGUCAUUGGAGGAGUUGGUGGGACGUGUGUUAUUCGUGGUUGUGUUCCCAAAAAGAUUUUGGUCUAUGGAGCAGCAUACGGAGGUGAAAUUGAGGAUGCCCGAAAUUAUGGAUGGGAAGUGAAUGAGAAUCUCGAUUUCAAUUGGAAGAAGCUUCUACAUAAAAAGACUGAUGAAAUAAUCAGAUUAAAUGGAAUUUACAAGCGGUUAUUGUCAAAUGCUGGCGUUAAAUCAUUUGAAGGGGAGGGAAAGAUUGUAGGUCCAAAUGAAGUUGAGGUGACACAACUAGAUGGCACCAAAUUGUCCUAUUCAGCGAAGCACAUAUUGAUUGCAACUGGCAGCAGGGCACAUCGUCUUCCUAUUCCUGGGCAGGAGUUGGCGAUUACGUCUGAUGAAGCAUUGAGUUUGGAAGACUUACCUAAGCGUGCUGUUGUACUGGGAGGAGGGUACAUUGCUGUUGAGUUUGCAUCAAUAUGGCGAGGCUUGGGUGCUACUGUAGAUCUCUUUUUCAGAAAGGAACUUCCAUUGAGAGGAUUUGAUGAUGAAAUGAGGGCAGUGGUAGCAAGAAAUCUGGAAGGAAGGGGAAUUAAUUUGCACCCAAGGACAAAUUUGACUGAGUUGAUUAAAACAGAUAAUGGCAUAAAAGUUGUUACAGAUCAUGGUGAAGAGUUGAUAGCAGAUGUUGUACUCUUUGCUACAGGCAGGGUACCAAACUCAAAAAGGUUGAAUUUGGAAGCUGUAGGUGUUGAACUUGACAAAACAGGAGCUGUGAAGGUGGAUGAGUACUCACGCACUAAUAUUCCCAGUAUAUGGGCUGUUGGUGAUGUUACAAAUCGAAUGAACCUGACUCCAGUGGCCUUAAUGGAGGGAACUUGCUUUGCUAAAACUGUUUUUGGUGGGGAAUCUAGCAAACCAGACUACAGCAAUAUACCGUGUGCUGUGUUUAGCAUACCGCCACUUUCUGUUGUUGGUCUCAGUGAAGAGCAAGCAAUUGAGAAAGCAAAUGGCGAUGUUCUGGUUUUCACAUCAACCUUCAAUCCAAUGAAGAAUACUAUAUCUGGACGGCAAGAAAAGACAGUAAUGAAGUUAGUUGUUGAUGUGGAGACAGAUAAAGUUCUUGGGGCAUCUAUGUGUGGGCCAGAUGCACCCGAAAUUAUGCAGGGGAUUGCUGUUGCACUGAAGUGUGGAGCAACGAAGGCACAAUUUGACAGCACGGUGGGCAUACAUCCUUCUGCAGCUGAGGAGUUUGUGACCAUGCGAUCUGUUUCGCGGCGUGUUCCUGCAGGUGGGAAACCAAAGACAAAUCUGUAG